UAUAUAAUUCAAUCUAAGCCAAGUCAUUGGGUUGGCCAUGAACACACACAUACUCUGCACUUGUUCUAAUUAUCUUCUGCACUAAACUUUCUAAACCAAUUCGGAUAUGUCUUGCUCAACCAAGAAAUAUGAUGUUUUUCUUAGCUUCAGAGGCGAGGACACACGCACAAACUUCACUAGCCAUCUUUACACUGCUCUUGAUCAAAAGUCAAUCAGAACUUACAUAGAUUAUCAACUCAACAGAGGAGAAGAUGUUUGGCCACCACUCGCCAAAGCGAUCGAGAACUCGCAUGUAUCGGUUGUUGUUUUCUCAGAGAACUAUGCUUCUUCAAAAUGGUGCUUGGAGGAACUUGUCAAGAUUCUCCAAUGCAGAAAGGAUUUUGGCCAGGUUGUUAUUCCAGUGUUCUACGAAACAGAUCCAUCACAUAUAAGAAAGCAAAGUGGGAGUUAUGAGAAGGCAUUUGCAAAACAUGAGCGUGAUCUUUGUGCAGAGGGAAGAUGCAGUGAUUCCAACAAACACAAAGUAGAGAAUUGGAAAGCUGCUCUCACUGAAGCUGCCAAUAUUUCUGGGUGGGACUCUCGGAACCACAAGGACGAUUCUCAACUGAUUGCAAACGUGGUUAAUGAUGUACUGCAAAAGCGUUACUUGAGGCACCCUAUUGAACUAAAAGGCCUUGUUGGAACUGAAGAAAUCUGCAGAAAUGUCGAAUUGUUAAUGAAAAGAGUUCGAAUAAUUGGAAUUUGGGGCAUGGGUGGAAUAGGUAAGACAACCAUUGCCAAAGUGUUGUUUGCCAAACUGUUUCCUCAGUAUGACAAUGUGUGCUUUGUGGUGAAAGAAAUCUCAGUUGAUAGGCUUCUGUUCGAGCUGUUAAAAGAAGAAAUUUCCACAUCUAACCUGGUAGGACUCGCAUUCGACAUGAAGAGGCUUAAUAACAAAAAGGUCCUCAUUGUGCUAGAUGAUGUGGAUAGUCUUGAUCAAUUGGAACAUUUGUGUAGAGAUUUUCGAGAUCUAAGUGAAGAUAGUCGACUCAUCAUAACUACAAGAAAUAGGCAAUUGCUUGCUGGAAGAGUUGAUUGGAUAUAUAAGGUUGAGAAAUGGAAAGCAUCUGAAUCUCUACAGCUUUUUAGCCUGGAAGCCUUCAAGGAAACUCAUCCUCAAAGGGGUUAUGAAGAUCUCGCCGCAAUGGCAGUUAAGUAUGCUGGAGGCAUUCCCUUAGCUUUGAAAGUUUUGGGUUCGUAUCUUCGUUCGAAAAGUAUCAAAUUUUGGGAAAGUACUUUGAGAAAACUCAACAAGUAUCCCAAUGAGACGAUUGUAAAUUUGUUGAAGGUAAGCUAUGAUGGAUUGGAUGAUCUAGAGAAGAAGAUAUUCUUGGACAUUGCAUUUUUUUUCAAUGGAGAAGAGAAAGAUCAUGUCAUAAGCAUACUAGAUGCCUGUGGAUUUGAAGCAAGUAGUGGAAUAGAUGUUCUUGAAGAUAAAGCUUUGAUAACCAUUUCAUAUAACAACACAAUAGAAAUGCAUGAACUGCUACAAAAAAUGGGUUUUGACAUAGUGCGUAGAGAAUGUAGCGGAGACUUUGCAAGACGAAGUCGAUUGAGGGAUACUGAAGUUCGUGCUGUACUUAAAGAUAAUAAGGGGACUGAUGCAGUUGAAGGCAUAAUAUUAGAUUUAUCUCUAAUCAAAGAUAUUCAUUUGAGUGUUGACACAUUCAAAAAGAUGAAUAACAUGAGAUUUCUAAGAUUCUAUAUCCCCUUGGGUCAGAGUCCUGGUCAUGUGUACCUUCCAAGAGCUCUUAAGUCAUUUUCCAAUAAACUGCGGUACUUUGAGUGGAAUGGAUAUCCUUUGGAGUCUCUUCCUUCAACUUUUCAUGCUAAGUUGCUCGUUGAAAUUCGCAUGCCGCACAGUCGUGUCCAACAACUUUGGAGGGGAAAACAGGAACUUGAUAAUUUAGAGGGCAUUGACCUAAGUGAUUGCAAACAUUUGAUAAUGCUUCCGGAUUUGUCGAAGGCGUCAAGACUUAAAUGGGUGAAUCUAUCAGGUUGUGAGAGCUUGUGUGCUCUUCAUUCAUCUAUUUUGUCCUCUGAUACACUUGCCACUUUGAUACUAGAUAGGUGUACAAAUCUGGGGAGUGUGAAAGGUGAAAAGCAUUUAAAAUCUCUGAAGAAUAUUAGUGUCAGUGGGUGCUCAAGUCUCAAGGAAUUUGCAGUGUCAUCUGAUUUAAUUGAGAACUUGGAUUUAAGCAACACAGAAAUUGAGACGCUAGACACAUCAAUUGGGAAUCUACCUAAUCUUAUAUGGCUCAAUUUAGAAGGUUUGAAGCUUAAGCAACUUCAAAAGGAGUUAUGUUUCUUGACAUCACUCAAGGAGUUAAAGCUUUCUUACAGUGGACUAGUAAUUGACAAGCAGCAACUGCAUGUGCUGUUUGAUGGCUUGAGAUCUCUACAGAUACUCCAUCUGAAGGAUUGUGCUAAUUUGUCUGAAUUUCCCGACAACAUUGGCGCUUUAUCGAAACUACAAGAGUUAAGGCUAGAUGGAAGCAGUGUGAGGAGUUUGCCUACAAGCAUCAAACAUCUUUUAGCGCUUGAGAUUCUGUCGUUAAAGAAUUGCAGGGAGCUUCUGAGCCUACCGGAGCUUCCGUCUUUCAUCAAGGAAUUCUAUGCCCCUAACUGCACCUCAUUGGAGACAGUAUCAAAUUUCAAAAGCUUUGCAAUGAAGAUGGUGGGAAAGACAAAACACGUUUCAUUCAAGAAUAGCUUGAAACUGAAUGAAAACUCACUGUAUUCUAUCAUGGAAAGCUUGCAUUUAACAAUGUUGAGUGCUGCAUUUCACAAUGUGUUGGUAAGAAGAUUCCAUGUGGCCAUCCAUAGUUAUAAUUAUAACAGUGUGGAUGCCUGUUUACCAGGAAGCAGAGUCCCCAAGCAAUUCACAUUUCGAAUAACAAACUCUUCCUCCAUUACCGUUCAUCUUCCUACCUGUUCCAACUUGCUGGGCUUCAUCUACUGUGUGGUUCUCUCACCAUCCAAUGGAAUGAAGCAGUGCGGUGCAAAAAUACAGUGUGAAUGCAAUUUGGCAGGAGGCCUAAAGGCUACAUGGCAAGAUAAAGCAGUUAGUGAGCUGAACUCGGAUCAUGUUUAUUUAUUGUAUGAUCCAUUCCAUUGUGACAACAUUCUCAGAUUUUAUGAACCAAAGGUCUAUUUUGAGUUCAGUGUAACAGCUGACACAGGGGAAGUUGAUGGAUCUAUAGCUAUUCAAGAGUGUGGUGUACACCUCAUAAGUGAUUCAGAAUUGCAGUGUGUUUUACCAGAACUGGAAAUGGAUUUAGACAAGAGGAAGGACUUGGAGAAGGGAUUGGAGAUAGAAUCUGGAAAAGCCAGAUGGUUAUAUCCAUAUGCCUCCGAGGAUCACAGCCAAAAUCUGGUUGCGCCUCCCCCUCCCCCUCCCCCUCCUCCUCCUCCCUCAACCCCUCCACUCCCACAACCAAAAACUAGAAAGAAAGUAAGGUCACACAAGGAGAAAAGUAGCAGCAAGAGAAACCGGAUGCAGAAUCCAGGAACGGAAUUAUGCGUGCAAUGUUGCUGCGAUAGGAAAGUAGCCACAGAAGAAAUGAAGUCUGAGAUUAUUGAAAUAGAUCCUAGGAGUACAGACCAUUUUUCUGAUGUAGAAGAGAGAAUGGAAUCUAAUUGCAAGAAAAUCAAGAAUGGUGAUAGAAAAGGUCUUGAGGAAAAUAACUCAGAGUCAACAAAAGCUGUCAAAAGCAAAGGAAAUGAAGAAAGGCCAAUUGAUUUUGAUGCUGGAUUGGAUCUGCUUGUUAAUUCAGAUUCAGCCAGCAAAGAAUAUGCGCCUGAAGACAUGCCACUUCAAAACUUUUAUGAUCAACCAAAUACCAUAGGAGGAUCUAAGCACUAUAAAGAAAAUCCAAUGCUACUAAGAAGACAACUCCUGGUUCAUCCUGAAAUUAAUGAUCUGACCGUUGAAAAACCAAACCAGGAAAGAAAAAAGGAAAGAAUGGGUCUCGACAAACCUAAAGUCGAAGAUGAGCCAGAUGAAGAUCCUCUUGCUGAACUUGAGAGCAUCUUGUUGGGAAGACAGAAGUCGUUGCUGAAACCAGCCUGUUCUGCAAGCGAUGUUGCCAUAAGGGAAGCUCUGCAUAAUCUUGAAUGCAUACUCGAAAAGUCACUUGAAAACAUUCUUGGUGACAUUGAAUUACAACACAAGUUACAAAUUUCUUUGCAAUGCAUAGAACAGGCAUCAGAUGAAGAAGUUUCUCCCAGUAUAACAAAGCUUGUCAAAAGCAUGACAUCUUCUGUUGAGGAUCUGAUCAAAAGUUUUGCGUCGACCCAAAAAGUAGUUGAAGACCACACUAGCCGCUUGGAACAAAAAGAAAAACUUGUGCAGAAAAUGUUAGAUGCUAGGAAACAGCAAGAAUUAGUAAAAGAAAGAAUGAAACAAUACAAGAUUCAAGCAGAAAGUGUUGAGAGAGAGGUUGAAGAUCUUGACGAACAAAUUCGAUUUCUUGUCGAACAAAGAAAAAUCAUCCAAAUGAAACGGACCAAGUUGAAUAAGGACUUGGAAGAAUGCGAUGGCAAAAGGAGGAAACUAACAGAUGAGGCUAAGGAUUGGGUAGCUGAAAGCAAGGAGCUAAUGUUGGCAAUUAACAAUUCUGAAGUCUCAUAUGCAAGUGCAAUAUCUAAGCAAGAGAAGUUGAAUGAGAAAUGGGAAGGUUUUCGAGAAUCUUUUUCACAAAAGAAGUUAAAACCUUAUCCUAGAAUAAUGUUGUAGUAACAGUUUUAACAAGCUGUUCUAAACUUCUAAUCUCUUAAUUUUUCUCUCUGAUCCCAGUAACAAUAACAUACUGUGCAGUCAGCUAAAUGGAUUAGUGUGUUCA